AGGCAGCAGCCGGAGAACCAGAAAACCAAGUUCCCCGGCAACGAGCAGCAUCACCGGGUGGAACCCUGGAGCUAGCGAGGCCCGAAAGGCUGCUGAGUGAGCCGGCCUCUCCCGAGUCCGCGCGCCGCCCCACUCCUAGUUCUGCUUUUGGUGCCGCCCAUACCCAAAACGCGAGUUGUGUUUUCUGCUAGGGGAAGGCUUAAGAAGGGGGUUAAGAGCAGCCGCGCCCCCCUUGCGGCCGCCGCCCCCUGCAUUUUCGGCUCUUCUCCCUACGCUUGUGCCUGGGCAUUGCGCCCGGCAGGGCCCAGCAGUCGAUGCUGCCGUCGUUCGGCUUACAGGAGGAACAAGUAGCGUGCGUGUGCGAGGUUCUGCAGCAAGGUGGGAACCUGGAGCGCCUGGGCAGGUUCUUGUGGUUGCCUGCCUGCGACCACCUGCACAAGAACGAGAGCGUGCUGAACCAGGCCGUGGUCGCCUUCCACCGCGGCAACUUCCGCGAGCUCUACAAGAUUUUGGAGAGCCACCAGUUCUCGCCACAUAACCACCCCAAGCUACAGCAACUAUUUGAAGGCGCACUACGUGGGGCCGAGAAGCUGCGCGGCCGACCCCUGGGUGCUGUGGGCAAUAUCGGUCGCCGAAAAUUCCCCCUGCCGCGCACGAUCUGGGACGGCGAGGAGACCAGCUACUGCUUCAGGAGAAGUCGCGGGGGCGUGCUGCGGGAUGUCGCGCACAACCCUUACCCCUCGCCGCGUGAGAAGCGGGAGCGCCGAGGCCACUGGCUCACCACCACCCAGGUCAGCAAUUGGUUUAAACGGAGGCCAAAGAGACCGUGCUGCUGCGCCAAGGAAAGGGAGAACACCGAAAACAAUAACUCCUCCUCCAACAAGCAGAAUCAACUCUCUCCUCUGGAAGGGGGCAAGCCGCUCAUGUCCAGCUCAGAAGAAGAAUUCUCACCUCCCCAAAGUCCAGACCAGAACUCGGUCCUUCUGCUGCAGGGCAAUAUGGGCCACGCCAGGAGCUCAAACUAUUCUCUCCCGGGCUUAACCGCCUCCCAGCCCAGCCACGGCCUGCAAGCCCACCAGCAUCAACUCCAGGACUCCUUGCUGGGCCCUCUCACCUCCAGUCUGGUGGACUUGGGGUCCUAAGUGGGGAGGGGCUGGGGCCUCCAAGCAGGGACUAGGGACACUUGUAAAUAGAAAUCAGGAACAUUUUUGCAGCUUGUUUCUGGGGUUCUUUGUGCAUAAAGGAACAGUGGACUUUCACAGAUAUCUUUUUAAAACUCAAAACCAACAGCGAUCUCAAACUUAGUCUUCUCUCAACUCUCCACUUUUGCAUUUCCCCUCCCAGUGCAGAAAAUCAGGAAAGAAAAUAAAAACAAAAACACCCAAACAAACAAAAGCACCUAGUCACCCAGUCUUGGUUCUGGGCAAUCCAUGUGCCUGCUUCAGCAGUCUUUCUUCUUCUUCUGCAUCUCCUUUUUUUUUUUUUCCAAUGAAUGGGAAUUACAAAUCAAAUGGAUUUUAAUUAUUUCAUUUUAAUUUAUUUAUGAAAAAGUCUUUUGGGAAGAGGAAAAGGAAAUGAGAAGGAGAGAGAGAGAGAAGUCAAAAUAGUGAAAAUAAGAGCCUCCAGCCUGGGAGGAAAUGGUUGCAUUUUUAAGGUGAGAAGGAAAAAUAUGAUCUUAUAACACUUUUUGAUGGAGAAAGUUAAGUUUACAUUUUUCAUAUUUAGUGUUAAACAAUUUUAUGUAGCUUAAAAUGAAAUAACAGUAUUAGGGGAAAAAACAAGUGCCUAAAUGUCUUAAUGCUCUCUAUGUGAGGCAGUUAGAGAUAGAAGUGACCAUUAGUAUAAUGUAUUUUUGUCAAAUUUGGUGGGGUUUUUGGUUGUUUUUUUUGUUUGUUUUCUUGGGGUUUUUUUAAUGGCAAACUUCAAAAAUGUACCAAUGUGAAAAAAACACUUAUCCUGAAUGCCAGUUCUUCUCAUGCCCUUGAAGCUUUCAUAUCUGUAGCCUACUCCUGUUAAGGGUUUCUUCUGUUCCUAGUUUCGAGCUUGCAAAAACUAUGUAACAAAUCUGGCAACCUGGUAUUUGUUACUAAAACAGCAUGUGUUUUCAGGUUUCUUUUCUAUUGUACCUAAACCUGUCUAAAUUAAAACUUAGUAGAACAUCAGGAGUACGAUUCUGUUUCUGAAAGGUGAGUUGUGUAUUGCUGUCAUUGGGCCCUGUUUUUUUAACAGGUAGUUUUGUUGCUUUUCUACUUAAUGGUGGUUAUGAAUUGCAGGGUAGUUGGAAAGCCAUCACCUGAACCAAGAGUGGUGACUGAGUUAAUUAUAUGACAGAAAAAGAGUGAAGUUAGCUUUGGGUUAUUAAUCUAUUUUCUUAUUAUUUAGGUAUGCAGUUUUGUUUACCACUGGCUUUUCCCCACAACAUCCAUCUGUUAACUCAGCCCUUUUGUAUUAACAAGUUUAUGACCAGACUGUAAAAGUAAAAUAAUGUAUCUG